AUGUCAUCCACUCAGUCGCAACAAACCAUAGUCGUCGUUGGCGCCACGGGAAUCCAAGGCUCUGGCGUCGUUCGAGCAUUAUUGAGCGACGAAUAUGGUGGUCCUUGGUUUGUCCGAGCUCUUACCCAAGAUCCCCGCUCAGGCAAAGCACAGAAGCUUUUGUCAGAAUGCCAAACUACUGACAAUCGUCUGAGCUUGGUCAGUGGCCAUAUUUACGAUGAAACAAGCCUACGGAGCGCCUUUAUGGGUGCACACGGCGUCUUCGCCAUGACCAGUGAACGGUACCCUGGUAAACUUAUUACUGAAGAGGAGGAGUUGAAACCAAGUCGUCCUUUAUCGAUAGGCGAAGUACUGGAAUCAAACAGCAAUUCAUCCUUGCGGCACCAGCCCUUGGGAAUCCGCAUUGCCGCAGCCAAAAUGGACGAACAAGGUCUACUGUCCGAAGACAUGUAUGAACUCCUUUCAAACUGGGAUGAAAAGGCCUGUAGUGCCGCAAAGCCUCAUCUUUUGUACACCGUUCCUUCUGGUCAGAGCCCAACAGGAGCCACCCAGAGUGCUCAACGACGACAAGUCUACAAAGUCUGCCAGAAGUAUGAUAUCUUUAUUGGCGAGGAUGAACCGUACUGUUUCCUCCAAGUGGAGCCUUACAAGGCUGGUGUGCCUCCUCCGUCUUCUUGUGAGGAAUUCUUGAAAGUCUUGUUGUCAUCCUUCUUAAAAGUCGAUGUCGAUGGCCGCGUUCUCCGUCUUGAGUCCUUUUCCAAGGUUCUUUCGCCGGGUACUCGCACCGGUUGGAUUGUCGGAUCAGAGCAAAUCGUUGAACGUUUCGCUCAUCACUUUGAGUCCCCUGAAAGAAACACCCCGGCUACGCUCAGGGAAAAAUAA